CGGAAUCUUAUCGCUCUCGUUCGGUUCGGUUCAGUUCGGCCAAACCAAAACCAAACCCCCAGACUGAAAACCGAAACCGCAACACGAGUCCCACACACCGAAGCUCGUCGUGGGAAGUCGUGGCGGCCCGAAGAACAAGUCAUCUAAUAGUAGGCCCCGUACUACGGAUGGUACUCGUACUCGUAGCAACAGCAACAGCAACAGCAAACAGAAAACAGCAUAGCAGCAAAGCAGCAAAGUGAGGCCAUAGCCAUAGCCACAUCACCGACGCAGUAUCACCGCACAGUUAUAGCAUACGACCACGUCAAUACGAGCGCACAAAUGCCAACACCGUCAGCACACAUACGACCACAAGCCACUUAGUAGUAGCUGCUGCUGCUGCUGCUGCUGCUCUAUUCCCAACAACAAGUUGGCCCAAAAGCAAACCCCAGAGACAGCAAGAGCAAGAGCCAAGAGCCGCCAGAGACAAAACCAACGCAGCGAACGCAGCGAACGCAACCCUCUCCAAGCUCUCUGUUGCCGCUCUCCGUUUUGGCCAAAUACCAAACCGGUCUUAAAAGGAGUCAAUCCCACUCUCUGGUUCUCUUUUGCACGCUCUCUGCUUCUCCUUUGGAUGCGAGAGCGGCGGCAAUAAGAAGCGCAAUUGGCUUUUUGCUUUUACUGCUGCGCAGUUAAGGAAAAAACGGUGAACUAAAGGCAGAGUGCUUAGGAAAGGAAAGGAAAGGAUAGGAAAGAAACAAAAUAAAAUUGAUUGCAAUUGAAAUGGCAGCCAUGGCAGCAGCAACAGUCAAUAGCCACAAAGGGCCCAAAUCCCGUCGCAACGAGCGCAACAUAUUGACCUUCUACGAGAAGAUCGCCGUUAUACGCUAUUACGAUGAGACAAACAUUUCCAGAAACAGCCUGGCCAAGAUGUUCCAUUGCUGUGCCACGCAGAUCCGACGCAUUCUGGACAAGAAGCAGGAGCUGCUGCAGCAAUUGGCCACGCUUAGCGAGGCGGAUGCCUCCACCAUCAUCGAGGAGAUGACGCGAAAGCGUCGCAAGUUCGAGAUGAGCGCCAUCAGCUUUCUGCUCCACGAGUGGGUGAAACGCUGCCGCCAGCUGCGCCUGAGCAUUAGUAUACGCAACCAGAAGCUGAAGGAGACGUCCCUGAAGAUGGCGGCCGUGCUGAACCUGCCCAGCUUUCGGCCAUCGUAUCGCUGGCUGAAUCGCUUCCGCAGCAAGUACAAGUACGAGGCAGAUGAGUUGGGCUAUCAGGGAAGCGAUAGUGUAACACAGGAGCUGCCUGUCGAGGAGAUCAUUGUGGAGUUUAAGCAUUCACUGCCCAAUUUCAUGCAAAGGGAGCUGCUGGAAGCCGAUGGGGAUACCAGCAAGGACCUGGUCAACCUAUCGAGUGAGAACAGCCUGAUGUCCGACACAGGGCCAGAGCGCUUUGACGAGGACAAUGUGGAGGAGGUCACCUGUGAACCUAGUGUACUGCUCUCACCGGCUGCCUCGCCUGAUGCCACGGACCACCCAGAUCAAGACCCACCAGGGGAGGAUCCUUCAGACAGCAUGCAAAUUAAUGCCGGAACCACCACUCUACUCAACGGAGUGUUCCCCCACCUGGCCAUCAUCCACCAAUUCGCUUUGAUGAACUCAGACAUACAGGCCCUGGAGCUGAUCUCACAGCUAGGCGUGCACAUGCAGCAGCAGGCCACGAGCGGUGCCUAUAGCACACUUUCGCUGGCGGCAGGCACUGAAGGAGGGGCUGACGAGGGGCUCAACUCCAUGCCGGAGCUACCGCCGGGAAGUAUCUACGCGGACAUUGAUGACAUAGAGUUGAUCGAAUAGGAAUUACCAAAACUAAUCUUAAAUCUACAUUUAAGCCACGCUUUUGUUGGCCUAAGAGUCCAGCCAUAAUAAAAAUACAAUUAUUUAUAUAGAA